CGCACCGAGAAAAGAAAGAAAAAUUAAAAUUUAGGGACAUUUUUUAUACUGUACUUAUAGCGUAACACAAUCGAGUUUCUUCUUAAUCGAGAAACCAAACAGUUUUGGGCGCGACGACGUGUUUCACUUCCCUCUCUCUGAAUAAGAAUGCGACGCAGAGGAAGCGGUUCACGACGGAAGAAGAAUCCAUCUUCACCGUCACCCUCAGAUGGUGAAAUGAAUUCCCAACACAAUGCCGAAGGUGGAAACAAAAUUCAAUCACCUAGUGACAAUGGAUCACUGACUGAAAUAUCUCGGGAUGCUGUGGGAAAACUUCUAUGUCGUGCUAACAAAGUUGGCACUUCCAAGAAAAAGAAAAUGGUUGAAUUUGUGCCAGAACAAAAUGGAACUCAAGUCCGGGAACCGAUUGUCCCAUCAAAAACUUCAGAAGUUGAACACUGCAGUAGAAAUUCUAUUGGAAAGGAUCCUGCGGAAGAGAAAUGUGGUCAUGUGUGUUUAGACGAGGGCUACAUGGAUAAAAAGGAAGAACUGGAUGACUUGGAUUGGGAAGAUGGUACAGUUGCCACGGAUGAUCAUUCUAUGACAAUUGAAUUGAAUGUGACCCCUGAUUCAUCUGUACCAAAAAAAAUACGCCGAGUUUCUGCGGAAGACAAGGAAUCGGCUGAACUUGUGCACAAGGUUCAUUUGCUUUGUUUACUUGCUCGUGGAAGAUUAAUAGACAGUGCUUGUGACGAUCCUCUUAUUCAGGCUUCUCUGCUUUCUCUACUUCCAGCACACUUGCUCCAGCUUUCAAAUGUCACAAAACUCACUUCAAAAGCUCUACAUCCUUUAAUAUCAUGGUUUCAUGACAAUUUCCAUGUUAAAAACUAUACAAAUGGAGAAAAGGCACCACACUUUGCUUUGGCAUCCGCUUUAGAAUUUCGCGAGGGCAGUCCUGAAGAGCUUGCAGCUUUAUCGGUGGCACUAUUUAGAGCUUUAAAUCUUACCUCCAGGUUUGUGUCCAUUUUAGAUGUUUCACCUCUUAAACCAGAUCAAUCCUUUAGACCAAUUGCAAGUGGAUCUAGUAAGGGGAUAUUUAAUACUUCAACACCAAUGGUAUCUAAGAAAAAGUUGGAUUUUAAGUCACCGAAAAAAUCGUUGUCUUAUGAGAAACAGAAACUCUGUGAAAGCUCUCUUGGUCAUUCAUGGAAAAGUAAGAAAUGCAUUGCACCAAGCAAUAUGCAUCAGUCUAAAGAUCCUUCUGUUGCUGAAGUUUUGAAUCAUAGUGUGACAAACUUCCCAACUUCUGAGGUCCAUGAUAUUAACCCCGAAUCGCAUAUAACUGACAAAUCUCAUAAACCAAAGAGGAAGGGGGAUGUUGAAUUUGAGAUGCAGUUGGAAAUGGCUCUUUCUGUUACAGCAAUCGGAUCUUCUAAGAGUAAAGAGGAGUCAGGUGAAAAUGCCGAUUCCUCAAGUUUUUCUUGUCCAUCAAAAAGAAUAAAAAGAGUUGUAGGUGAAGAAUCUUCAGCCUCCCCCCAACUAAUUUCUACAGCAGUUGGAUCAUUGAAAGUAGGAUCUCCUUUGUAUUGGGCAGAAGUAUAUUGCAGUGAAGAAAAUUUGACAGGAAAGUGGGUGCAUAUCGAUGCUGUGAAUUUGAUUAUUGAUGGAGAAGACAAGGUUGAAGCCAUGGUUGCUGCUUGCAAAGCAUCUCUGAGAUAUGUUGUUGCUUUUGCUGGUCAGGGUGCCAAAGAUGUGACCCGCAGGUACUGUAUGAAGUGGUACAAGAUAGCAUCACAACGAGUUAAUUCAACAUGGUGGGAUUCAGUGUUAGCACCACUGAGAAACUUGGAGUCCGGAGCAACUGGAGGUGUAGUUCAUUCGAGAACAAACCAAAUAAUUUCUACAGAAGCAAACAUGAAUGAUUCUUUUGUUCCUACAAGGAGCUCUCUUGAGGAUAUUGAGUUAGAAACUAGGGCAUUAACUGAGCCUCUUCCAACCAACCAGCAGGCCUACAAAAACCAUCCACUUUAUGCAUUAGAAAAAUGGCUUACAAGGUAUCAAAUACUUCAUCCAAAGGGUCCAAUUGUGGGUUUCUGUUCAGGUCACCCAGUUUACCCUAGGACUUGUGUUCAAACCGUUAUGACAAAACUGAGAUGGCUCCAGGAAGGGCUGCAAGUAAAACCCAAUGAACAUCCGGCAAAGGAGCUUAAACGGCCCAAUAAGCCUCAGAAAGUACAAGAUUUUGAAGCUGAUGACUAUGACUGCACCACUGAUUCUAAGGAAAAUAUUAAACUUUAUGGGAAGUGGCAACUUGAACCAUUAAAUCUUCCUCAUGCAGUGAAUGGAAUAGUUCCUAAGAACGAUCGCGGUCAAGUAGAUGUUUGGUCUGAGAAAUGUCUUCCACCAGGUACUGUUCACUUGAGGUUUCCAAGGGCAUAUGAUGUUGCCAAGAGGCUAGAGAUUGAUUCUGCACCUGCUAUGGUUGGUUUUGAAUUUAAAAAUGGCCGAGCAUAUCCUGUCCAUCAAGGUAUUGUGGUGUGUGCCGAGUUCAAGGAUGUACUGCUAGAGGCAUUUGCAGAAGAAGCUGAAAGACUACAAGAAGAAGAAAAGAAAAGGGACGAAGCACAAGCUCUUCGUCGGUGGUACCAACUUCUUUCAUCGAUUGUAACUCGUCAAAGGUUAAACAAUCGUUAUAAUAACAAUUUGACAUCAGAGGUGCCGAAUGAUGUCCAUUGUAUAAAUGAUAACGUGUCAAGUGCCGCAGUUUGUGAUAGUGAUGAUAAGAAUCAGACCUCCAUACAGCAUCAGAUGGAGAAAUGUGAUACUGAUCUUGAUACUUCGUUAAGUAUCCCGGUAAAAGACCAUGAACAUGUUUUCUUGAAAGAGUAUGAGAGCUUUGAUGAGGAAACCUCUCUGUUGACAAAGCGAUGCCAAUGUGGUUUUUCUGUUCAAGUAGAAGAAUUAUAACUUGAUGUAUAACUAAUUAGUUCAUGAUGUUGGGAGUCUUUUACCCCCUAAUUUUGUAGUCUCUAAAACUCAUAAUCAUUAAUCUAUUAGAGACUUAGGAUUAGAUAUCUUUGGCUUUACAAUCGGAUGCAAGAUAUAACGUGAUGUAUAUAGUGUAAAUCCGUGCUGAUUGUAACAACCUAAUUUUCCAUUUCUUUUCGUUUUC